AUGACCGUCACCUCCGAAAAACGAGCCUCGCCUGCGACUACCCCCCUCAAUACCGCCAAAGUGUCUUCCCCAAUCCUCCUCCCGCGAACCGUCUCGUACGACGCUGGUACCAACCCUCCCAGAGGUGGUAAUAAUACCUACCUCAACAUGGUCGAUACGAAGUCCAGUAGGAGAAGGAGGUCUAGUAGCAUCCUCCAGAUCUAUCAGGAACCACAAGAGCCUCUAGAGCAGCUGAGCGACCAGUCUGCUCUUCCGAAUCUCAAUGCGAACUGGGUCAACGCCAAAGGGGCGUGGACCAUCCACAUUGUCCUAAUUCUCGCCCUCAAGAUCCUCUGGGACGUCAUACCCGGCGUCUCCCAAGAAACCUCGUGGACGUUGACGAAUAUCUCGUACAUGUUCGGCUCGUAUAUCAUGUUCCACUGGGUCCGUGGCGUUCCAUUUGACUUCAACAGUGGAGCCUACGACAACUUGAACAUGUGGGAGCAGAUCGACGAUGGCGCGCAGUACACUCCGGCCAAGAAAUUCUUACUCAGUGUGCCCAUCGUGCUGUUCCUCCUGAGUACGCAUUAUACCCAUUACGACCUGACCUACUUCACCAUCAACUUUCUGGCGGUCCUAGGAGUAGUCAUACCGAAAUUACCCUUUAGCCACCGAAUGAGGGUGGGUCUGUUUUCUGGCGUGCCGGAGGACUAA